AUGUUAUCUUGGAAUUCUUCCUACACUCCUUAUUCCAGGGGUGUCGCAAGGUCAGCACGUUUGCGAUUGCGACUGCGCCCAGCACUUUUUGUCCAUGGCCAGCCAUGGCAACGGGUUGUGGGAGAGAGCCAACGGGGCUUUUCAGCAACCGCUCAUGACAAAGCUUCACCUAAGCGAUCGCUCUCCGUCCCCGCUUCUCCUAGAUUCAAUGAAAUCGGAGUCCAACAACUAAGCGAUUAUGUACACCCUCAAGUCUUUCCGAACCAAAGUCGGGUUCCCGACCCAGAACUCGUUGCCCUAUCAAGAGAUCAUCUGGCAAGACAUGACCUUCUGGGUAAAUCACAGAAGGGGGCCGAACCAGUGGCAUUCGAUUUGCCGGAACUCCAAGGAAAGACCUUAGACGAACACUUCUACAAACUGGGGAUGGACGCGUCAGAGCCUUAUUUGUCUUACGCCAAAUCGUAUGCAGCCGUGACUUGUCCAGAUAAACCACGAAAGUGGGCGAAGCGCAGCGGGUGGACCAAAUACUAUCCGGAUGGAUCUUCAGAACCGGUUGAUGCGCCAAAUGAAUCGAAUCUUACUUUUGACACCGAAGUCAUGUACAAGGAGCAUCCUUUCGCGGUCAUGGCUUGCGCCACUAGCCCAACGGCAUGGUACGCCUGGAUCUCUCCCUGGCUAUUGGGCGAAUCGACCGAAACGGCACACCUUAUUCCCCUUGGAGACCCAUCUCAACCUCGGAUCGUCGUUGGUCACAAUAUUGGUUAUGACCGCGCCCGAGUUCUGGAAGAAUACGACCUGAAACAAUCCAAGAACUUUUUCCUUGACACAAUGUCCCUUCAUGUGGCCGUCAAUGGCAUGUGCUCGCAACAAAGACCGACCGAGCAUAAUUCUGUGGAGUUGGCAUCGUUGCUCGAAAACAACAUGUUGAGGGAAGAGGAGGAAGAGCUGUGGGUCGGUCGAAGCUCCGUCAACUCGUUGAGAGAUGUCGCCAAGUUUCAUUGUGAUGUAACCAUCGACAAGGCACAGCGAGACUUUUUUGGCGAACUCGAUAGAGAGACCCUCUUGACUAAGCUGGAAGAGCUCCUUGACUACUGCGCCGCCGACGUUUCCAUCACUCAUCGCGUUUAUCGGAAGGUUUUCCCGAAUUUUCUUGAAACAUGUCCUCACCCCGUGAGCUUUGGUGCUCUCCGACACCUGUCCUCGGUCAUCCUCCCCGUUAACCAAACCUGGGAGGAGUAUAUUACCAAUGCUGAAAAAACAUAUCAUAAGCGGCUUGAUGAUGUUCAGCGGAAACUGGUUGAAUUGUGCAAUGAGGCCUUGAAAGUCAAAGAUCAAGCGGACCUUUAUGAAAACGACCCCUGGCUGCGCCAGCUGGACUGGACUGCACGACAGAAGAAACCAGGGAUGCCAAAAUGGUACAAGGACCUUUUUCCAACAAGUAACGCCGAUAUAAAUCUCACUGUUCGGACUCGGAUCGCGCCAAUUCUUCUGAAAUUGUCGUGGGAUGGCUAUCCCCUCAUCUGGUCCGACAAAUACGGGUGGACAUUUCGAGUUCCCCACAAUCAGGUCAAACAAUAUGAGAAUCAGCCAGUCAUUCGGUGCGAUAUGACCGCCGAAGAGAAGAACGACCAACUUCGAGAUGACAGAAAACACGUCUACUUCAAGAUCCCCCACAAAGACGGUCCCCAGGCAAGAUGCACCAACCCGCUAGGCAAGGGGUACAUGGGGUAUUUCGAGCGUGGCAUUCUCUCGUCACAGUACGAACUUGCAAAGGAAGCCUUGGACAUGAAUGCUUCAUGCUCGUAUUGGAUCAGUGCUAGAGAUCGCAUCAUGAGUCAAAUGGUGGUCUAUGAAGAUCAAGUGCCCAAGAAGGCUUCUGCCAGCGGCACUCCAGAACAUCGCGUGGGAUUCAUUCUCCCCCAGGUGAUCCCCAUGGGUACCAUCACUCGGCGAGCCGUCGAAAACACCUGGCUCACUGCCAGCAAUGCGAAGUCGAAUCGCGUUGGAUCCGAACUCAAGGCAAUGAUCAAAGCGCCACCGGGCCACGUCUUUGUCGGCGCCGAUGUUGACUCCCAAGAACUGUGGAUUGCCAGUCUCGUUGGCGAUGCUCCUUUCCAACUACAUGGCGGUAACGCAAUUGGUUUCAUGACUCUCGAGGGAUCCAAAGCUGAGGGCACUGACCUGCAUUCCCGAAGUGCGUCUAUCUUGGGGAUUUCACGGAAUGACGCCAAAGUGUUCAAUUAUGGCCGUAUCUAUGGAGCUGGCGUGAAAUUUGCUGCCACCCUUCUUCGCCAGUUCAACCCGUCUCUGACAGAAAGGGAAACACAAGCCACUGCGGCCAACCUCUACAAGGAGACCAAGGGUACGCGGACUUCUCGUCGUGUCCUCAGCGAGACUCCUUUCUGGCGAGGUGGCACUGAGUCCUUUGUGUUCAACAAGCUUGAGGAGUUUGCAGACCAGGAAAGGCCAAGAACCCCAGCUCUCGGUGCUGGAAUCACAGAAGCCCUCAUGCGACGAUUCAUCAACAAGGGUAGUUUUAUGACUUCUCGCAUCAAUUGGGCUAUUCAAUCGUCGGGUGUGGAUUAUCUCCACCUAUUGAUCGUCAGCAUGGACUUCUUGAUUCGGCGCUUCAACAUCCAGGCUCGCUUGGCCAUCACUGUUCAUGAUGAGAUCCGAUACCUGGUGAAAGAGGAAGACAAAUACCGCUCAGCUCUGGCCCUUCAAAUUGCAAACGUCUGGACUCGCGCCAUAUUCUCACAGCAAGUUGGCAUUGACGAUCUUCCGCAGUCAUGUGCCUAUUUCUCAGCAGUCGAUAUCGACCACGUACUCCGGAAGGAGGUUGACAUGGACUGCAUUACACCCUCACAUCCCCAUAAGAUCCCACACGGAGAAACCCUGGAUAUUACCCAGCUGUUGUCCAAGGACGAUGCUGCUUUCCUUGAUCCAUCCAUAGGCCCCAUCUCCGCGCCAAACCCUCAGCAAUACAACUAUACACCCCGGGAGUCGGUCAUGUCCACCCUUCAAGCAUCGAACGAUUUGGCUUUCAUCAAAGCUCAGAUCACAAAAGAUGACAAGGAGCUUCGCGAGAUCAUCAAAGAGAAGACCCAAGCUACAGCCAAUACCUCCAAGCCUUCGACGCCGCCCUCUUAUCCAAACAAAACCCGACGGAAAACCGAUAACUGGGCUUCUGCACGACCUCAAAGUGCUGUUCUGAUGGAUGUGGAAUCGGGUCUGUACCCCAAUUUCCGUGAUGCGCCCCGAACUUCGUCUCAUGGGAACAAGCCUCAAGUAGGCCUCUACCGUGCUUCCUGGAAACCACGGCCCACCGCUCGAGCAUAA